AUGACCCUGGAGAUGGACAAGGCGGCGGCUGCAGAGGUGGGGGCGCGCGUCAACGACAAGCAUGGCACCUCCUCUAGCGGUGAGCGGCCCGCGGGUGAGGAGGAAGACGAGACUCCAUCUCUCACGCUUUCACAUAUUAUGUAUGGCCUGCCAUGCAACCAUGAGGAGGAUGACGGGGCCAUCUACGACACCACGAAAAAAGAUUCACCCCAUAAGCUACUAGAGGUGCUCAGAAAGAAUGGGAUGGAGGCCGCAUGCGUGCAGAGCGAACAUGUCAAGUAUACAACGUUCCUGCGGGAGGAACGCAGAGAACGUGAACGGAUAGAAGACUUCUUUCUUGAAGAGCGGCACAAGCUAUUAGAAGUGGAGACUCAACUGCAUAGCAUGUCGCCCCUUCACGAAAGCCUCGUCACCCCUAACGGUGGGGCGUGUUCUCAGGGCUACGCGGACACCCCUGAUUGGUUCGUGAGGAGGCCCAGCAGAAGAACCCACUACUCACACAGGAGUGACGCAGGUAGCCGUACGUUGUGGCGACGUCGCGUGGCCGAUGCCCCAUGGUGGCAACCCCGCCAUUCCACCAACGUCUUGGGAGUGCUCUCCGCAUGUGUACCCUUCAUACAUCAGCGGAAGGAUAAUAUCCUGGAGAGGGAUGGCGUGCCCACUGACGAGUCGUUAUCCUGCUGUGGCACGAGUGCGCCACCCAGCAGUUAUACAGGCCUAAUUCCUACAAUAGCGUCUGAGGACGACGGCAAUGGCGGCAAUGAUGAUGAUCGCAGUGAUGCGGAGGAGGUGACAAGCCUCGAUUCACCGUGCCACUUCAUGGCGGAUAGGUCAUCGAUGGUACGGCUGCUGGAGCAGUAUGGCGUGGAAGACAUGAUUCAGCCGUAG